GACUCAGAACGUGAAGUCCGUUCACCAGGCCAGUCGCAGUCAGUGAGGUUCCAACACGCUUUGCGCUUUGAGUGGUUCUGCCUCAGAGAGCCCCAACUACCAAAUACAAUCUAUCGCCAUGGAGCAGUGCCUUCUUCUGGGAGUUCUGGCGAUAUUACUAGCCGGAGCUAGUGAUGUUAAGUCCCAAGAAAUCUUUGGGUAUUGCACAACGCCGGACGAAAGUAAUGGAAGGUGCAUUAAUCUCAGAGAAUGUGGAUACCUGUUCGAGAUAGUCCAGCGUGGGGCUCUUUCCCCUCAGGACCGUAAAUUCUUGCAAGAUAGCCAGUGCGGCUACCGCAACGGACAGGUGCUUGUAAGUACAUUCACCUCGACUAUGUUGUAGAUCUGCUGCGCCAACAGCGGCACGCGCACCCAGCAGCCGCAGUGGGGAAACCAGGGUCAGCCCGCCCCAAGGCCAGUGACCCAAACUUCCUCAUCAGGAUCGGGAUCCAGCCUGCUGCCCAAGGCGCCCUAUUGUGGCGACAACUUCGAAAACCGCGUGGUGGGAGGCGUGGAGACGGGAAAGAGGGAGUUCCCCUGGAUGGCGCUGAUCGAGUACACAAAACCUGGCAACAUCAAGGGCCACCACUGUGGCGGUUCGCUGAUCAACAACCGGUAUGUGCUCACUGCAGCGCACUGUGUAGCAGCUAUUCCUUCAGAUUGGCGGCUAACAGGAGUGCGUCUCGGCGACUGGGACACGAGAACGAACCCAGACUGCACCACAGAGUUGAACGGUCGGCAGGAUUGCAACGACCCUUUUGUAGACAUUGCUGUAUCUGAGCGCAUUCCUCAUCCGCAGUACCCAGGCAAUGCGCGCGACCAGCUCCACGACAUCGCACUGCUUCGGCUACGGAAUGAGGUUAAAUUCAGUGACUUCAUUUCUCCCGUGUGCCUACCCAGCCUGCCUACCCAGCGUGACACGAUUUUCCUUGGGAGCAAAGUAGUUGUUGCCGGGUGGGGUCGCACCGAAACAAAUUCUACUUCCAACAUCAAGCUGAAGGCGGAACUGGAUCCGGUGCCCACAUCAACCUGCAACGAGCGGUACGCCAGUCAGCGUCGGACGGUGACCGACAAUCAGCUGUGUGCCGGGGGCGUCGAAGGAGUCGACUCUUGCCGGGGAGACUCCGGGGGACCCCUGCUCCUCGAAGACUAUUAUGAGGGAAAUUCUAAUUACUAUAUUGCCGGAGUGGUUUCCUACGGCCCCACACCCUGCGGCCUAAAAGGGUGGCCAGGUGUAUAUACUCGCGUGGCGGCCUACCUCGACUUCAUUGAGAACAACAUCAGACCUUAAGUUGACCUUUACAUCCAAAUGAACCGAUUUACAAAGGAUUGUCACAGCAAAAAUCGAUUUUUAAUACAAGGUAAAUAAUAACAUAAAUAAAUUUAAUUUGAAUAAAUUAAAUGUAAAAGCGGA